GCCUGUACUACGUGUCAUUUUCUCGUCUGGUUCUUGAGGAGAGACGCGGCAGCAAGGAUAAAUCGCUGGGAACUCGCGGCCAGAAAGCACCGCCAGAACCAAGUAUCAUGCCUGUCGAGCUGCGCAAGCGCAAGGCCCCCGUGGCGCCGCCCGCGCCCGCGCCCAGCAGGAAGAAGGCGGCCACCAGCAAGGCGAAGAAGCCCGCCGCCGCAAAGGCCAAGGAAGAGGUCAAGAAGCCCGAGGCCAAGGCCGACAAGCCUCCCAAGGACGACGAGGCCACCGACACUGCGCCCGAGUCCGCUGAGGAGAAGGAGACGGUGAAGGAGCCCAAGGAGGACGCCAAGGAGGAGCCCAAGGAGGACAAGAAGAAGCCGGCUGCCGCGGGCAAGAUUGCCGUUGGCGACGUUCUUGACCUCGAAGAGUUUGGCGGCGAGGUGCAGACCAACGAUGGCGAGAAGACCACUCUGAAGAAGCUCGUCGACGACAGCAAGAGCGGCGUUGUCCUCUUUACCUAUCCCAAGGCCUCCACUCCCGGAUGCACUACCCAAGUGUGUCUCUUCCGUGAUGCAUAUGAGCCUCUGACUGCUGAUGGCCUUGCCAUUUACGGCCUGAGCACCGACUCUCCCAAGGCCAACACCACCUUCAAGGAGAAGCAGAAGCUGCCGUACCCCCUUCUUUGCGAUCCCCAGGCCACCCUCAUUGGUGCCAUCGGGCUCAAGAAGCAACCCAAGGGAACGCAGCGCGGAGUGUUUGUCAUCAACAAGGAGGGCAAGGUCCUUGUUGCCGAGCCUGGCGGCCCUGCUGCUACCGCGGACAGGGUCAAGGCUCUGGUCGAGGAGUUGAAGGGGAAGAAUUUCACAAGUUGGCGUGGGAGUUGAUGGAUGUGAGGGAUUGCAAGCGUGCUUUCUUUGUGUACUGGUACUGGGAAUCUGUAUAGGGCCCAUCGUUCUCGUAUGUAUUGCUCGUCCAUGUCCUGAGGGAUACUAUCACGUUGCCUAGUUGGUU